AUGGCAUCGGCUUCAAAGGACGGCACGUUCAGAGUCUGGAAUACGGACAUUCAGUACAGCCUUGGCCAGGAACCGUACCUGAUCUCUGUCGGUAACUUGGACAAUCUCAAAACGGAGCCUGGGGUGUUGUCGCUGUCACCGAACGGUUUCACAGUGGUGAUCGCGUGCGGUCGCGAAAUCAGGGUGUUCAGAGCGGACACUGGUCAGCUGGUCGAAAAUCUGUCGACGGUGCAUGAAAGCGCCGUAACAGCUGUCAAGUUCACCAGCGACAACAGCUUAUUCAUCUCAAGUGGCGAUCGCCACGUCCGCCUGUUCCACAACGUCGCCAACUACCAGAUCAGCAUCGAGAAGGCUACUGAGCAACUGAAGUUCGUCAACGCCGCCGCACACAGGAGCCGACUGCUUGACCAAAUAAAGUUGGCAACGCAGCGUCUGUCGGAACUCGGUUGCAUGUGA